AUGGAGUAUCUUCUGGAUUCCUAUGUGUUUCAUUAUUUUCCAUUCACAAUAUGUCCAAAUACGAGGAAGAAUAUCGUAUCAGUGGUGAUAAAAAUUGUUACAAUGGCGGAUUGGUUAUGUAAAACUCGAGAAUUGCAGCCGUUCAUAGAAAAUCACCCAACGUUGUUUAUAUCAGAAUUCAUAUAUUCAAUGCUUUGUUUGUUGUCGCUUUUCUGUGCUUUUCGUAAUGGUUCACGUUAUGUGUAUACAUGGAUUGGCAUUUAUUUAUUGGCUUUCUUUACUGAAAGUAUGAAGUAUGUCGAUAAAAGCAUGAACGCUGUAUUCUAUAGUCAAACAUUGUUAACAUUCAUGGGAAUGCAUACUCCUCUUUAUUUGUUAUGCGGUAUCUAUCACACACUGUUCUAUACUUCAUAUGUUAUAGUGAAAAGGAUUCGUUUGAAGUGGUGGGGUGAAGCUGCAGCAAACGGUCUUCUAGCACUCUUGUUGUCGUUACCCUUACAAGUGAUGGGUACAAAAUUGCUUUGGUGGCAGUGGUAUGAUGGUGACCCACGUCUCAUAAGCACAUUUUAUUCUGUACCACUUGUUGCGUUGGCGUGGUAUGCAAUACUAGGAACAUCAUUCAAUGUCAGUUUAUACUUAUUUCGGAAAGGAUUUCUUUGUGAAAAAUAUCACUGGAAAAGAUUUGCUGCUGAAUUCUUAUGUGUAGUUGGUGCAGCUUUAUUUACCCUUUGCCUUGCUGCAUUGCAGUACACAAUUUUCUUUCACAUCCUACGUGAUAUUUUCCAGAUUCAUUCCGUCUUUUCAUUGGCACUUCUCCUCAUUGUAUAUGCAGCUACAGCAUUUAAAGCACUACUUAGUUCUAGAAUGGAAUAUAACUUGCAUGAUGGAGAAGAAAAAUGUCAGUUGAUUAAAGCUCCAUUGAAUGAUAAACUCGUUGACGUAUUGGUCGAAAUCGCAAUUGUGGCAGUUCAUUUCUCGCUUCACAUGUUAUUGGCAGCGUUUAGUUCCCCUGAAAACAUCGUUUCAGAAGGUAUGCAUCAGGCAAUCGGUCCGUGUGAUGAAGUGGAACAAAUUUUUUCACCUUUUGGUUUGAUUUCUUACCGCAAGAAAUAUUUCUGCAUAAAAGAACAACAGCAGAAGCUAUUCGAUUUUCAUUGUAUUCCCGGUGGACAAUUACCGGAAACAGUGGGCGGUGAACCUUUGGAGUACUACGCAAUCUGUGGCAAAAAUUUCGAGCAUCGAACAGAAUAUAUUGCUUUCAUAUGGAUAUACUGUGUCACGGUCCUUUUCAUAAUCUAUUAUGUCACACUUUCUUGUGUAGCUAAGAUCAAUAAAUUAAAAGCGUGUUCUUGCACCAAAAUUACACAGCACAACGGCUACAGGUACGGGUUUGCAUCACCGAAAGACUCAUGUGAAAAAAGGUUCAAGAAUGAUGGAAUUUCGCAACGAGCCUUGGAUGACGUCAAACUUCGGCAUCGGUCAAAUAUGCUAAAUCGCUAUGGUAAAAAAUCGCGUUUGCCCACACCUACCCGUCUUUCGAGUUAUCUCUCAAAGUCUUCUGCAUGA